UUUCACCGGAGCUCGCUAUUGGCUAACCGGUAAUGUUAUGAGACUCCAUUGGACAGACGCACUCACGCCUUUUCGCCCCUUUGAAAAAGCACAACAGGCGACAAGUGAUCCAUGUGCGUCUGAUUGAAUCAACAUUGAAGCAUGCUGACUGCACAGAGGGCAUGUGCAGCGAUGGCUGCCCGGCGAAUGGCGAGAGCCUCUGUUUUCUCAGCGCACCGCUCCCUCGUGCACACGACGACGCCGCGUCGGGACCAGGUCGAGCUGCAUCCCGAAUGGGCCACGCUGGCUAAGAAACAGCUGAAGGGGAAGAACCCGGAAGAUCUGAUCUGGCACACGCCGGAGGGACUCGACAUUAAGCCUGUAUACACCAAAGCAGACUCCACCGACCGUCCGGAUGAAUUGCCGGGAGUGUUUCCCUACACUAGGGGGCCCUAUCCCACCAUGUACACCUACAGACCGUGGACCAUCCGGCAGUACGCUGGCUUCAGCACUGUGGAGGAGAGCAACAAGUUCUAUAAAGAUAACAUCAAAGCUGGUCAGCAGGGUCUCUCCGUGGCGUUCGACCUCCCGACACACCGCGGCUAUGACUCGGACAACCCCCGGGUCCACGGGGACGUCGGCAUGGCCGGAGUCGCCAUAGACACCGUCGAAGACAUGAAGAUGUUGUUUGACGAAAUCCCGCUGGAGAAGAUGUCCGUUUCCAUGACAAUGAAUGGAGCGGUCAUCCCCGUGCUGGCGAUGUUCAUCGUGACCGGAGAGGAGCAGGGCGUGUCCAAAGCCAAACUCACUGGCACCAUUCAAAACGAUAUUUUGAAGGAGUUCAUGGUACGCAACACCUACAUUUUCCCCCCGGAGCCUUCCAUGCACGCCAUCGCAGACAUCUUCGCUUACACCACCAAGAACAUGCCCAAGUUCAACUCCAUAUCCAUCAGCGGCUACCAUCUUCAGGAGGCUGGAGCUGAUGCCAUCCUGGAAGUAGCCUACACCAUCGCUAACGGCCUGGAGUACUGCCGCACGGGUCUGAAAGCAGGCUUAACCAUCGAUGAGUUUGCCCCGAGGUUGUCUUUCUUCUGGGGCAUCGGGAUGAAUUUCUACAUGGAGAUUGCCAAGCUGAGGGCGGGCAGGAGGCUGUGGGCGACGCUCAUCAAAGACAACUUCCAGCCCGAAAACGCCAAGUCUCUGCUCCUGCGCACGCACUGCCAGACCUCAGGCUGGUCCCUCACCGAACAGGACCCGUACAACAACGUGGUGCGCACGGUGAUCGAGGCCAUGGCCGCCGUGUUCGGGGGCACGCAGUCGCUGCACACCAACUCCUUCGACGAGGCGCUGGGUCUGCCCACGGUGAAGAGCGCUCGCAUCGCCAGGAACACGCAGAUCAUCAUCCAGGAAGAGUCGGGCAUCCCCAAAGUCGCCGACCCCUGGGGGGGGUCGCACAUGAUGGAGGCCCUCACGGAUGACGUCUACGACAAAGCUUUAAAGUUCAUUAAAGAAAUUGAGGAGGUGGGGGGCAUGGCCAGAGCGGUGGCAGAGGGCCUCCCGAAGCUUCGUAUCGAGGAGUGUGCCGCUCGCAGGCAGGCCCGCAUCGACUCAGGGUCGGAGGUCAUCGUUGGGGUGAACAAGUACCGCCUGGGAAAGGAGGAGAGCGUGGAGGUGCUGGCUAUAGAUAACACUGCUGUGCGUGAGAAACAGAUUGAAAAACUGAAAAAGGUGAGAGCUAGUCGCAACCCGGAGGCAGCAAACAAGUGCCUGGCAGCCAUAGAGGCGUGUGCGCGCACCGGGGAGGGCAACCUCCUGGCGCUGGCCGUGGAGGCAGCGCGAGCCAGAUGUUCGGUCGGUGAAAUCACCGACGCCAUGAAGAAGGUGUUUGGUGAGCACAAGGCCAGCACCCGGAUGGUGAGCGGCGCUUAUCGCAGCGAAUACGGCGAGCGCGACGAGAUCUCCGUGACCCUCAACAGAGUCGCAGACUUUAAGAAGCACGAGGGCAGGAACCCUCGACUGCUGGUGGCGAAGAUGGGGCAGGAUGGUCACGACAGGGGGGCCAAAGUCAUCGCCACAGGGUUCGCCGACCUGGGCUUUGACGUAGACAUCGGACCGCUGUUUCAGACGCCGCUGGAGGUGGCCCAGCAGGCGGUCGAUGCAGACGUGCACUGCGUCGGGGUCAGCACGCUCGCCGCCGGGCACAAGACGCUGGUCCCCGAGCUCCUCAAGGAGCUGCGGAAGCUCAACAGGCCGGAUAUCCUGGUCAUCUGCGGCGGCGUCAUCCCCCCACAGGACUAUGAGUUCCUGUACCAGAGCGGCGUGAGCGCCAUCUUCGGCCCGGGAACCCGGAUCCCACAAGCUGCCGUGGAAGUGAUAGAAAGCAUCGAGAAGAGCCUGGAAAACAUCCGGCAGGCCAUGUGAACUCCCGCCACGAGGACCGGUCGUGUUGUAUCAACAACGAAGACGCGAGUGGAAGCUCACACGAAAUCUGUGUCUCACGAGAAAAAAAAGACAACAACGACGGAGAAACGUGAUUUGCCAUCGUGAAAAUGCUGAAUGUGCAGCCUUCAAAGCCGUUGUAUUAACAUUGCCUGUGAAGACGUGUGAUUUAAAUAACUAAUCAUGUCCUCACCUCAAUUUGCCCUUUUUUAUUCUUAAAAGAAAAAGAAGCUAGGAUCACAAACACAGUGUUGAGAUAUCCCGUCACACACCCCCUCACAUAAAUGAUGACUCAGUGUGUAACUCUCCGCUUUAUUGAUAGCAUAGAAAUGCAGGAAUACAAUUUGACAGAAAUGAGACUUUAUUAACAAUCUAACAACAACACAUUUAAUUACAAUAGCUUUCACUAAACAAAGGUACCGCAGCGCCGUGUGUGAGAAACAUCGGCUCGGGAUGGGAGCUAUGAAACCUGCUUAGAACAUAAUGCUUUCAUUGUGAAACGCGUGCGUCGGUUUGAAUUCCACGUUAGCCGCGUGUUAUGAGUGCCGAGGGGCUGGAGUGGAUUGGUACAAAUGCACGUUAUUACCCGUGGGUUUAUUUUUAUGGAAAUGUUCUUCAUGCAGUUUACCGGGACACUUCACUCAGAGGUAAAACCAGAGGACAGUGAUUGCAAAUUGCAAAGCAGAUUUUUCUAUGUGUGACUUUGAAUCAGGCUCAACGCUCUUUGGUUGAAGUGAGCUUUGGAGAUGUGCGUAAGGAUCAUGUGCACCUUUCGAUAUAAAGUGGGAGAAUUCAAUGUCAA